CGACUUCAUUCCGCACACAGAAAGGUAAAGCGACCCCGUUGUUCACUUUCCUUUUCCUAUCGUCACUGCUGCUCACUUGCUCCGCCGUCGCUGUGUAAGAAUCCUGCUUCGCAGGUUAAGUGUUUUUCGCCCUCAAGAUUACUUCUCCGGCGAGAAUAUUGUAUCAGUUCUUGAAAUUCCGGUGAUGUCUUCACCGCCGGCGGGGAAUGGAAGUUCCACGCCAACUUCUUCUCCCCCGGCACCGUCCAGCGAUUCCAGAUAUGUUGCGCUUGGGGUUGGAGUUGGGAUUGGUGGGGCACUUGUGCUGGUUUGUGUGGGAAUUUUUGUCAUCUGGUAUAAAAGGAGGAAGAGACGCCUUGCUUUGGCGGGUUCGCUUUUGAUAACUCAACAAGGACCUAAAGAUGACCCGUAUGGUGGUCCGCGUGAGCAUUGGCAACAGAAUGCUCCUCCCCCACGAGCUAAUGCGGGUGGAAUGCUGCCAAAACCUAUUCCUCCACCAGGCAUUACCUGGAAUCCUCAGAUAUCUUCACUGGGUGUUCCAAAUCCCCCGCCACCACCUUCAGUGAGCAGCAGCUUGCGUUCUGAGAAUUCGCUCACACAACCAUCUUCAUCAAAGACCUCAUUCACUUAUCAUGAAUUAGCAUGUGCAACUGACAGUUUCUCCAACGCUAAUCUACUUGGUGAAGGUGGUUUUGGUUAUGUUCAUAAAGGAGUCCUCCCAAAUGGGAAGGAGGUUGCAAUAAAGCAGCUAAAGGUUGGAAGUGGGCAGGGGGAGCGUGAAUUUCAGGCUGAGGUUGAGUUUAUUAACCGUGUUCAUCACAGACACCUUGUUUCACUGGUUGGAUACUGCAUUUCUGAGUCUCAGAGGUUGUUGGUUUACGAGUUUGUUCCAAACAAAACACUGGAGUUCCAUUUACAUGGAGAGGGGCAACCUCCUUUAAAUUGGGCUACUAGGAUGAAAAUCGCCGUAGCCUCUGCGAAAGGAUUGGCAUAUUUGCACGAGGACUGUCAACCUAAAAUUAUACAUCGUGAUAUAAAGGCUGCCAAUAUCCUUCUUGAUUACAAUUUUGAGGCAAAGGUUGCUGAUUUUGGACUUGCUAGGUUUUAUACUGAUACUGAUACUCACAUCUCCACGCGCGUAAUGGGAACUUUUGGUUAUUUAGCUCCAGAGUAUGCACUUUCUGGGAAAUUGACUGAUAAGUCAGAUGUCUUUUCCUUUGGGGUCAUGCUUCUAGAGUUGAUCACAGGCCGCCGACCUAUUGAUAAAGCUCAGUUCUAUCUCGAUGAUAACAUUGUUGACUGGCAAAAAUGAGGUUUAUUGAUUCCAAAGCACAAGUGGCAUUGGAAGUAAAAUGUUUUGUGAUAAAAAUCCUAGGCAAGGCCUUUGCUGACCCAAGCUCUUGAGGAUGGCAAUUUUGAUACCAUAGCUGAUCCAAGGUUGCAGAAGAACUAUGACUCUACUGAGAUUGCGCGAAUGGUUUCUUGUGCUGCUUGUUGUGUGCGUCAUUUGGCACGACGCAGACCACGAAUGAGCCAGAUCAUCCAAGCCUUGGAAGGAAACAUGUCUCUCGAUGAUUUAAAAGAUGGUAUUACACCUGGGCACAGCACGAUCUAUGGUUCUUAUGAAAGCUCAGAUUUGGACACUGCACAGUACAAAGAGGACUUGAAAAAAUUCAGGAAGUUGGCAUUAGAAAGCCAGGAGCACAAUUCCAGUGAAUGCAGUGGGCCCACCAGUGAGUUUGGUUUGCACCCAUCUGGGUCAAGCAGUGAAGGUUUGCAAAUUGCUCCAGAGAUUGGCUCAGAGCAGUCAAGGUGAAUAAACUAUAUUACGACAAUUGGGUGACUUUUACGCAAAGUGUACGAAAAGGGGAACACUAUUGAAAUUCUUCAGAAUAGGUUUAUGAUUUUGCAGCUUGAUAGGUCGCUUAAAUUUUACCUAGAUCCAUUACCCCUUCAAAACAUUCUCCAAUGCAUACAGUCUAUUGUAAAGAAUUUCGUUCGUACUGAAUGAGCAAACCAUAAAUCCAUUAUUUUUUUAAUUACUCAACCAGCAAUCUGCUUAUUCGGAC